GAGUAAUUGUCAAGGAGUUGUCGAGGAGUUGUCAAUGCGGCCGGUCAGACAAAACCUGACUGUCUGCUCAGAUGGUCUCGGGCGGUCUCAAAGCUCUUUGACUGUCUUGAUCAGGGAACGUUGCUCGGUUGCUUGAUCCAUCGAGUGAUCCGUGCUCUAAGCUGAAAAGUCCGAACUAAAGAGAACACUCUGGGUUAGACUGAUGAUGUCCGCCUUACCUUGCUCCAGCUGCUGAUCGAUCCACCGGGAAAUUUGGCAGUUUGGAUAUCAACAGCUCCACCGAUUCGCCCAGCAAACUGAACUUGUUGUGUACUGCACCACCACCACUGCUGACCUGACGACGUAUCACCAAGGCAAAAAGAAGCCAUAGCUUUGCUGUCACGGCGGCAUAAUAUUAAUACAUCAUUCUGAACCAGUGGUUUUCAGCCACCAACCCACUCCAAAUACCGGAUUCUCUCCACCUUGUACCGGAUCCAAAAAGGCAACCCGACCAGCUCUUAUAGCUCAGCGGGCCCCCCGAUACUUCUUCGACCACGCUUCAAACACUGUUCAUCUUUAAUCGACACCAUGGUACCACCACCUUGGGACCGAGCUCCUGAAAAGGACACCUUAUUUGUCCUGGUGACAGGUGCCAACAGCGGCAUCGGCUUCGGCAUCUGUCAACGCCUCAUCGACGAUUACCUCUCCACCCGCUCCCUGACCUCCCACCUCAUCCUCAUUCCCACCACCCGCUCGGCCAAAAAGUCCCAAGAAACCGUCACCGCCCUCCGCGCCCACGCCCAACAGUUCGCCGAAUCCUCCCCCGCCCUCCGCUCCCGCACCGGCCAAAACUACGACCCCCACCAAGCCACCCGCCGCAUUCACAUCCUCUCGGUCCAACUCGACCUCUGCAACCUCCCCACCAUCACCGCCGCCGCCGACCAGCUCCUCCAUGGCACCCUCUCCUCCUCCCCCUCCACGUCCCCCGACUUUGAAUCCCUGGAAGACGUCAAGAUCCCCCGGUUGGACUCCAUAAUCUUCAACGCCGGCAUCGGCGGCUGGUACGGUCUCAACUGGGGAAAGGUCGCCCACAACAUCCUCACCAAGGGCAUCGUCUCAGCAACAACAUGGCCGACCUUCAAGGGGGGCAACUCGGGCCAAACCAUCGCCCCCGUCCCGGGGAGCAAGGAGACAAUGGGAGAAGUCUUUUGCGCAAACGUCUUUGGCCACUACCUCUUUGCGCAGAAACUGGUCCCCUUGCUCUCCCGCCCCAAGCCAUCCGCCCUGCCCCCCGGAAGAAUCAUCUGGGAGAGCAGCAUCGACGCAGACUGGGACACCUUUUCCCUGGACGAUUUUCAAGCCCUCAAAACCGACGCCGCCUACGAGGCGACCAAACGACUGACUGACGUUUUGGCGCUGACGUCGUCCCUCCCGACGUCGAAACCGUACGUGGAUCAAUAUUUUUCUGUGGCGGAAGACGAGACGCCACCCAAGAUGUACCUAGCGCAUCCGGGCAUCGUCCAGACGACGCUUUUCCCGCUCAACGCGUUCAUGUUUUUUUGGUAUCAGGUUGUGCUUUAUCUGGUGAGGUGGCUGGGUUCGCCGUGGCAUCCGAUCACGGGGUACAACGGGAGUAUGGCGCCUGCUUGGCUGGCGCUGCAGGAGCAGGAGGCGUUGGAUAGUGAGCGGGCCGAGAGGGUCAAGUGGGGGAGUGCGGCGGAUCGGUGGGGGAAUGUGUAUGUCAGGAAGACGGAGGUGGAUGGGUGGGGGUGGGAGGGGAGGGUGGAAGAUGUUGAAGAGUUGAAGGAGAAGGGGUUGUUGAGUGGACGGAAGGGGGGGAUGGAGAUGGUCAAAGAGGAGAGGUUGGUAGAAUUCAAGGAGUUGGGUGGAAGGGUGUGGAAGAGGUUGGAGGAGUUGAGGGGGGAGUGGGAGAGGAAGGUUUGAUAGUUGAUGAGUGA